AUGAGCCCCAGGAGUUCCGCCGGCGUCGACCGGGAGUCCUUGAUGUAUGAGAAAUAUUGGUUGCUGAAAUUCAUUGAGUGGUACUCCUUGGCACUAGGCCCCAACGAGAUGGCCAUAUCACUGGGGAAGUACCUCGGGUGUGGCGACGUCCCCUGGCUCCGCAUGUAUGACCCAUUCCCCGACUGGCAGCAGCAAAGUGGGCUACUGACAGACGAACUGCACACAGAUGUUGUGGGAACACCAGUCCUGGUGUUCUGCACGCUUACCAUGCCUCGCAACAGGAAGGCUUUGGGAGGAGCAAGGGUAUGGGAGAACAAAGGAGCGCCAAAACCAAAGGCAGAAAGCCUGCAUUUCGACAUGACUAAAUUGUACUAUCCCAAGGACGGCGCCAACAAGCGCAAGGAGGAUGGAUUCACCGUGACUGAGUUCGCUCUGAAAAAUCAGAAGGUAGGCAGUUGA